AUGUACAGUGACGGUGAGCGCAAGACUGUAUCGGAGCUUCAGCGGGAGGCCGAGGCGACGCGCAAGGAGAUUAUCGAGGAGGCGCAGCGGCUGGAGCGGAUUAAGAAGGCCACCGCCAAGACACAGUUCUCCAUCGACCAGCUCUUUCGCUUCUUUGCGCGUGAGGUGGAGACAGAGAAGGAGAAGAAGAUGCUGGUCGACCUCCUCGUCUCGAAUCCGCCAGACCUGCACAUCGAGUAUGUGCCGGUGCUGCCGGUCGGCAUCGCCAUCGCAAAUGGCCGCAUGACCAACGCGUGUCGCAUCUACGCCACGGACAACGCCUUCCUGGACGACUCGGUCUUCAUAUUUCUCGUCCACACACUGCGCUUCUCGCCUCAGGCUUGCAAAAUCGACUUCCUCGACAUUAGUGGGACGCGUGUGACGGAGCGUGGCAUGUGCUUUGUGCUGGAGAUGAUGAUUGAGCGCAACACCCCGUUCACCCUAGUAGCGAAGCGCCUGUCGAUCCCGUCGCCAGAGGCAGAGGCAGUGCGUGGCCGCUACGCGUCCCUCAUGAGCGCGUUGCGGGACAAGAAGUGCUGCCACUUUAUUCAGGAGUGA